GCCCACACUCCUGCCUGCUGUCCCUGAUCUGUGUCAUCAUGCCUCGGGGGCAAAAGAGUAAGCUCCGUGCCCGUGAGAAACGCCAACAGGCCCGGAGUGAGGCUCAGCAUCUCCAAGAUGCUCAGGCCUCUGCAGUAGAGGAAGAAGAGUUCCCCUUUUCCCCUACCCCGCCGCUUGGUGGCAAUGUCCAGAGCUCUCCUGCUUCCGGGUCAGAUAGAAAAUCCCAGGGGUCUGGGAGAGCCCCUUCCACUACCACUACUUCUGCAGGUGCUUCAUGCACCAGAUCUGAUGAUGGUGCUAAGAGCCAAGAUGAAAAACCAAGCACCUCCCAGGCAUUACCCAGCACUGAGUUUUCCUGUAGAACGCCUCUAGACGAGAAGGCAAUUCUGUUGGUGCAAUUUCUGCUGCGCAAGAAUAAUCUGAGAGAGUCUAUUACCAAAGAAGAUAUGAUUAAGCAUGUCAUUAAAAAGCACAAGAAGCACUUCACUGAGAUCCUCAGGAAAGCUUCUGAGCUGAUGGUGCUGGCCUUUGGCAUUGAGGUGAAGGAAGUCAACCCCACCACUCAUUGCUAUGCUCUUGUCAGCAAAUUUCAGCGCACCAGUGAUGGCAGGCUGCGGGGUGAGGAGAUCAUGCCCAAGACCGGCCUCCUUAUGACCAUCCUCUGUGUGAUCUUCAUGAAGGGCAACUGCGCCACUGAGGAGGAUGUCUGGGAGGUGCUCAAUGUGAUGGGGAUAUAUGCUGGAAGGAAGCACUUCAUCCAUGGGGAUCCCAAGAAGCUCAUCACCCAAGAUCUGGUGCAGGAAAGGUACCUGGAAUACCGCCAGGUGCCCAACAGUGAUCCUCCACGCUAUGAGUUCCUGUGGGGCCCGAGAGCCCAUGCUGAAACAAGCAAAAUGAAAGUUCUUGAAUUCUUGGCCAACAUUCAUGAUACGGUCCCCAGUGCCUUCCCAUCCUGGUAUGAAGAAGCUUUGAGAGAUGAAGAAGAGAGAGCCCGAGCCAGAUUUGCAGCCAUGCUUCGCACCAGUGCCCUGGCCAAUGUGCAUUCUGGGGCCAGUGGCCGACGCAGCUUCUCUCACCUGCAGUGAAAUCUGAAGCAUUGUCCUGAAGUAGUGUGGGCACUUGGAGGGAUCACACUGCAUAGCAUAUUUGAUAAC